AUGGAAGAAGGAGAAGUGGUGAGGAAACGCAUGUCGCUAUCCUUCAAGGCCUGGCUCAGGUUCCCGGUCAGCCGCGUCGGGCGGUACCUCAAGCAGGGCCGCUAUGCGCGUCGCGUCGCGCCGCAAGCCGCCGUCUACCUCACCGCCGUCCUCGAGUACCUCGUCGCCGGGGUCCUCGAGUUGUCUGGCAACGCGGCCAAGGCCAACAAGAAGAAGCUCAUCACCCCUCGCCACCUGAUGCUCGCCAUCCGCAACGACGGCGAGCUCAGCAGCCUGCUCGCCGGCGUCACCAUCGCCCACGGCGGCGUCGUGCCCAACAUCAACCCCGCGCUUCUCCCCAAGAGGACCGCCGCCCGCAAGGCCGACAUGGAGUCCAACUGGUCCAACAACAACAAGGCCGCCGCCCCCAACUCCCUCUCCCCCAAGAAGGCCGCCGCCGGAGAGACCAUCUCUGCCGCCGAGGAGACCACCACCGCUGCCGCCGAGGAGUAGUACACUGCAUACAUAGGAUCGGAGGGAGCCUGUCUUGUUGCCGAGUUGCGUCCUGUAUGUAUGUAUGUAUGUAUGUAUGUAAUGGUUCAUGCUUUCUGUUCUGUGUAUGUGUCGCUGAGUUGCAUCCUGUACUCCUGUAUCGUCUGUAUGUAAUGGUUGAUAGUUUGGUUGUCUGUACUGUAGUAUCGCUGGUUACUCUUUCUGAAGGGCGAUCGCUGAAUAAAUAGGUUCAUCAGGGUUUGUCGAUCAGAGUGAAUGUAUUGACUCUCUGGGCAUACAUAUUUAUUCAUUUCUCA